AUGGAAGAGACAAAAGCGCUGCUACAAGACUUGUGCGAAAAGUUCAAAAACCCUAUAGAAAAGAAUAUACUCUUGGCACUGAAUAGCCAACGGAGAGAGGAAAGGCUAAAGAUGGAGACCGUGACAAAGGCUCUUCAGGAGAAUGUCCAGCUCUUCAAGAAAAAGAAUAUGCAGCUUGAGGCAGAGGUUCGCAAAUACUCAUAUACCCACAGUAAGAAAAAUGAUGCAUUUAUGGAAAUAAACAACGAAAAGCUAAGACUUGCCAAAAAGAUAGUUGAGCUUGAGGAUGAAAAUGAGAAGAUAAAAGCAAAUAUCAUUACAACAGAUAAAGCCAUCCAGGAAAAAGAAGAGAGGCUGAGAUCCCUUUCAAGGCCCUCCUUUAACGAGAUAUAUCUUGAAAUUGUCAAAGGAUUUGGAAUCGAGUUUUUGGAAGGAGAUGGGAAGAAAUACUGCAGAAUAAGGAAUAAGAAAAUGAAUGAUGUCUUUACGGUCGACAUUAGUUCUGGUCCCUCCAUGUUUGAGAUCACCAAUGCUAUCUGGGAAAAGAUUUGA